AUGAACUUAGAGCUUUUAGAAUCUUUUGGACAAAAUUAUCCUGAAGAGUUCGAUGGUACAUUGGAUUCAAUAUCCUUGGCUGCAACAUGCGCAUUUAACCGCCGAGGGACACUCUUAGCAGUUGGGUGCAAUGAUGGUAGAAUCUUCAUAUGGGAUUUCCUUACACGGGGAAUUGCUAAAUCCAUAUCAGCACAUGUUUACCCUGUUUGCAGUUUGAGUUGGUCAAGAAAUUGUAAAAAGCUGUUAUCUGCUUCAACAGACCACAAUGUGUGCAUAUGGGAUGUGUUGUCAGGGGAAUGUGAGCAACGCUACAGGUUUCCAACUCCCAUAGUGAGGGUGCAAUUUGACCCAAGGAAUGACAAAAGAUUCCUCGUUUGUCCAAUGAGGCAUGCAGCGUUGCUAGUUGACACAGAUGGUGAACACAAAAUUUUGCCUAUUGACGAUGAUGGUGAUAUUAAUGUGAUAGCAUCCUUUGACCGAAGAGGCGACUAUGUAUACACUGGAAAUGCUAAAGGAAAAAUUUUAAUUCUAGACUCUCAGACUCUUGUCAUAAAGGCGAGUUUUAAAAUCACUGUUGGCACGUCAAGCACCACUGGCAUCAAGAGCAUUGAAUUUGCCAGAAGAGGAGACUGUUUCCUCGUAAAUACAUCAGACAGAGUUAUCAGGGUGUAUGACACUAAUACAGUAUUGAAAUGCGGUGUAAACGGAGAACCCGAGCCUAUACAGAAGUUGCAGGACCUUGUCAAUAAGACAACAUGGAAGAAGUGCUGUUUCUCCGGCGACGGAGAGUACAUCUGCGCGGGGUCUGCCCGCCAGCACGCGUUGUACAUCUGGGAGAAGUCCAUCGGGAACCUGGUUAAGAUCCUGCACGGCACCAAGGGGGAGCUGCUGCUUGACGUCGUCUGGCAUCCCAUCAGGCCCAUCAUCGCCAGCAUUAGCGCCGGCGUGGUGUCGAUCUGGGCGCAAAACCAGGUGGAGAACUGGUCCGCGUUCGCGCCGGACUUCAAGGAGUUGGACGAGAAUGUGGAGUACGAGGAACGCGAGAGCGAAUUCGAUGUGGAGGAUGAGGACAGAUCCGUCGACCAGGCGGGAGAGAGCCGCGACGACGAGGAAGUCGAAGUGGAUGUGACAACCUGCGAGCCCGUGGCGGCCUUCUGCAGUUCAGACGAGGAGGGAGAGGAUGAGAAUUUGCUCUCGUUCCUUCCGAUAGCUCCAGAAAUUGAGGAUCCUGAGGACGGCUGGGCCGCCACGCAGGAGACCGUUACGCCUACAGAGACUCCGGAGAAGUUGGAGCCGACCGCGAAACGACCGAAGAGCAAAACCUACGAUAUAUCAUUAAAGAUCCCGCCGCCGGAACAACCUAUAUCGUUCGGCGGUAAGAACAAGCAGACAGCUGGAAGCAAAAAGGUUGCUGGAAGACCAAGAAAAUAA